AUGGAUGAAAGGGGUAGGGCAUUCUUCAACAACGGAAGGAUCUUGUUAGAGGAUCUCAUUGCUUCUUGUGACGGAAAAUCUAAUCCUAUUCGCAAUUACUCUGCUUCUGAGCUCAUUAAGGCCACCAACAAUUUUGAUCCUUCAUGCAUCAUUCAAAAUUGUACGCCUACUGGAGCAAGUCAGUUUCGUCAUUCUAUACAUGUUUACCAUGGUUACAAAAUGUUCAAGGGCUUUAUAGAAGAUCGAUACAUCAUUGUUAAGAAGUUCAUGGGGACUAAUGAUGAAACUAGGUCGCUUGCUAUUCGUGACAUUGUCGUUUCAAUGCAAAUGAGCAACAAUAAGAAUGUUUUGAAGCUCUUGGGCUGCUGCUUAGAGUUCCCUAUACCUGCUUUGGUGCAUGAGUAUGCAAGGAAUGGAGUUGUUAGUUACCAAGGAGGUUUUGGGGCCAAUGAGUCCUUGCCUUGGAGAGUUAGGUUGCGUAUUGCAAAGCAGCUUGCAAAUGCACUUACAUAUCUUCACACUGCCUUUCCAAGGCCUAUCAUUCAUAGGGACCUGAAACCUAACUGCAUUUUUUUGGAUGAGGACUAUGUCUCCAAACUCUGCAAUUUCUCACUGUCCAUAACCAUUCCUCCUAAGCAAUCAUAUGCUGAAGAUAACCCAAAAGGGACAUUUGGGUAUGUUGAUCCUACCUAUAUGAGGUCUGGUUACAUUUCGGAAGAAGGUGAUGUUUACAGCUUCGGUGUUCUAUUACUUGUGUUCUUGACAGGACAAGAAGCUUUGAUGAGGUAUGAAGAGGGAGGAGAGUAUGAGUCAAUUAUUCCCUAUGUGAAAUCUCAUGCUUGUGAUGGCCAGAUUGAAACAAUAGUGGAUCCUAAAGUUCUUAAGGAGGCCAAGGGAGAUAGAUACACACAACAACACUUGCAUGAUUUCCUUGCACUAGGAUUGUUAUGCACCGAUGACAGUAGUGAAGCAAGGCCUGAUAUGAUCGAUGUUGCGAAAGAACUCAUAAGACUUGAGAAGUGUACAUUACCCUGCUAG